AUGGCCGACCGCAACUACCCCUACGGACAGGCGGGCGGCGGUGGCUACUACCAAGGAGGAGGCCACCAGCAGUCCCCCUACAGCCGCCCUCGACGAGGUGGUGGCGGCGGAGGGGGAGGACGCGGUGGCGGAUACUACGGCGGCGGUGGUGGCGGCCACCACCACCACCAGCAGACUCCACAGCACACGCCCGAGUCGCGAGCCGAGCAAAAGGCGCGCCAGCUCAAGCUCAACCUCUACAAGCUCGGCGAGGAAAAGGACUUCCACCCGCCCAGCGACCUCCUCAAGCUCUCGCGCUGGAUCCAGGAGAGGGCAAAGGACGGCGUCGAGCCCGUCAACGCCGCAUUCCGCAUCAUGGUCGUCGAGCAGCCCCACAAGAUUCCCCUCAUCGCCGCCCUCAUCGGCUUCCUCUGCCUCUCGCCCAACCAGCGCCGCGAUGCCGAACGCCAGGACCCAGCGGAGCACGAUGCCGACGCCCAGGUGGCAUCCAAGGACGACACCGUCGGCAUCACCGUCGUCAAGGACCUCGUCCGUGCCUUCCGAACCUAUCUCGACGCCCGCCUCUGGCGCAACACGAGGCUGAGCCUGCACCUCUUCGCCGCGCUGGUGCCGCUUCGUAUCAUCUCGGCCAGCUCGCUCCGGACGCUGCUCUCAUCGUUCGCAGCCGUGCUCGACGAGCCAGGUGUGGCCGCAUCGCGGGGUGACCGCGCCGCCAUCUGCAUCAUCGAGAUGAUUUGCAGGGGCGGCCAGGAUCUGCUGCUUCGCGACGACGUCGACGACGUCGACGGCGUCGAGAACGGCGACGCCGCCUCCGCCGACGAAGGCGCCAGGCAGGAGCUGGACGCUCUCGUGGAAAAGGUGACCGCCUACAACGCUUCCCGCAAGGUCGAAUACGAGCUGGCGGCGCCCUUUAGCGUCGACGCCAUCGACGGCAACACGCUCCGCCAGGAAUCGUUCGAGGACUGUGUCCGCGCCCUCGAGGCAUGCCAGUCGCAGGGCUACACUCGCCCGGCGUUCCUCCCGACCCCGAGCGAUCUCCUGCCCGCCGCCAUCUCGCCCAGCGCCAGCAAGCUGCCCCGGGAAGAGCGGAGUGUCAGCCUGCCCGACGUGCUCGUGCCUCCAGACGAGGACCUGGACGCCUCGGGCGUCGACGUGGCCUUUGCCUCGUUCGGCGAGACGGCCGGUGAGCGCACCAAGCGGCACGCCCGCUCGGGCAAGCUCGACAUCGGCAAGGGCGAGGCCGACCAGCGACGGGCCGGCAGUGGGCCGGAGCGCGUCGACCGGCAGGCGCGGUGGUUCGUCGACUCGGUGCCGCAGCCGGGGACUCCGUCGUCGGUGGUGCUGCGCGCCAUCCUGGCAGACAUGAUCGACCUCUACGAGGUCAACCGCAAGGAUGCGGCGCGCCUCAUCCUCGACCUGCCCUCGUGGCUGCGCCGCGGCACCUUCGGCGGCAAGGUGUCGCCCGACGCCGGCCUGUUUGGCGAGUCGGACGAGGAGUGGUGGUACGUCGAGCGGGCCGGCACGGGCCAGACUGUCGAGGGCGGUUGGAGCCUCGAUGACCUGAUUGUCGAGUCGGUCGUAUCGACGUCGCUGGUGCUGCCGACGCCGCCGCGCAACGCGCUCUACUACACGGCGCUGCUGCGCGAGGUGGUGUCGGUGACGCCGGGCACCAUUGCGCCCUCGCUCGGCCGCACCAUCCGCACCUUCUACUCGGCCAUGGGCGACGGCCGCAUCGACGCCGAGGUGCUGGACCGCUUUGCCGACUGGUUCAGCAUCCACCUGUCCAACUUCAACUUUGGCUGGGCCUGGAAGGAGUGGAUCGGCGACGCCGCGCUGCCGGCCUCGCACCCGCGCCGUGCCUUUAGCCGUAGGAUUGUCGAGCUCGAGGUGAGGCUGGCCUACUACGACCGGAUCAAGCAGACGCUGCCCGAGGAGAUUGCCCAGUCGUCGCUGGCGCCCGAGGAGCCGCUGCCCGCCUUUACGUACGCCGACGAGAGCCACCCGUACCACGCGCAGGCUUCGCGGCUGAUCAACUCGAUCCGCGCCAAGGCGGCGGCUCCGGUCAUCAUGGCCGACUUUGAGAGUUUCAAGGCGAGCAUCCGCCCCGACCCGUCGUCGUUUUCGCUGCCCGACGCCGGCAACGACGACGGCGGCAUCGAUGCGCAGGGCAAGGUCGAGAGCGAGCAGCAGGCCGAGGCCGUGGUGCGCGACAUUGCCAUCCAGGCGGUGCUGUUUGUCGGCAGCCGCUCGUUUUCCCACUUCCUCAACAUUGUCGAGCGCUACCACGCGCUGCUGCGCCAGCUGUCGUCGUCGCCGCGCAUGCGCAUCGCCAUCCUGUGCGGCGCCACGCGCUUCUGGGCGCGCUCGGCGCAGUGGGUGGGCAUCGUCAUCGACAAGCUGCUCCAGUACCGCAUCGUCGAGCCGGCCGACGUCGUCGACUUUGUCUUUUCGCCGCCCACCGACGAGCCGGCGCCUGUGCUGCUGGGCAGCGGCGACGGCGUGCCCCACAGCUUCUCGCGGGUGCCCGCGGUCGUCGGCGCGGGCAGCUCGCAGCGCGACUGGAGCUCGUUUAACUGGUGGCUCAUCAUCCGGCUCACGCUGAAAAAGGUCAACGGGCGCGUGGACCAGCUGCAGAAGCGACUCGAGGACAUCGAGAGGGAGGAGGCGCUGGAGCAGGAGCGCAAGGAGGCCGCGCUGGCGGCGGGAAUGGACGAGGACGACUCGACGCCCGCCUCGCCACAGCAGGUGCCGGCGGCACCGUCGCUGCCGCUCUUCCCCACCUCGGCCUCGUUGCCGCCUCGACCCGACCUCUCCUCUGCCAACGCCGUGACUGCCACGACGGUCGCGUCGACGACGGCGAGGGACGAGGAGAAGCGCAAGGCGACGAGCGAAGAGGCGCGCAUCAGCCUCGAGGCGAUCCAAGUCGAGCAGCGCAAGGUCUUUAUCUCGGUCCUGGGCGGAUUCAACCGGCUGCUCAAGCAGUCUGGAGCGCUGCAGAUGGACCUGGCAUCGACGCAGGAGUGGGACGACGCAAAGUGGCAGAGCUGGUGGAUCCGCGGAUGGUUCCUUGAACUUUGUCGGCUGUUCAACAAGCAGAUCCUCGCCAACCGCGAAACCAUCAUGGCAAACGUCUUCCCCGACGAGGCGGAUCCGGCGCGCGAAAUCGUCGAGAGGGCCAUCGAUAUGCUCUCCGAGUAG